AUGAGAGGAAAGGUAGAGGACUGGGUCGAGCAAGUGGCGAAGCUCGCAGAAUUCGCUGCAGCUAAUCCAUAAGCCUCAUAUGCAGCCUUUACUAUUGGAUCGAAACAUCGUUAGACUUAUUAUCUCAGAACACUGCCUGACAUCGAAAAACUGCUGGAGCCGCUAGAGCGCGCAAUAGGCAAUGUCCUCAUACCUGCCAUGAUAGGGCACACUUGUAUACCAGCUGAGCGUGAAUUACUAGCACUUCCGGUGAGGCUAGGGGGACUGGGUCUCACAAACCCAUGCCGAAACGCGACUAAGGAGUAUAAAGCCUCAAUCAGGGUAACACAGCCUCUGGUAAAGCAGAUAGAGGCUCAGACACUCGAGCUUGCGAUGAUGAUGACAUACGGAAAAUGCAGCAGUACAACCGAAGGGAGAAUGAAAAACAUCUGAGAGAAAGGCUAGAGGAAGUAAAGGGCGUACUCCCUGAUGACACAAGGAAAGGGCAAGUCUAGUUGUCUAACAGUUAUCCCGUUAAACGAUAUGAACUUUUCUUUAAACAAGAGAGAGUUCAGGGAUGCCGUUCAUCUCUGCUAUGACUGGCACAUAGCUGACAUGCCCUCCACUUGUAUUUGCGGAGCUGCUUUUACGGUGGAUCAUGCCAUGGUGUGUAGACAAGGAGCAUUCAUCAUCCAGAGGCACAACGAGCUGCGUGAUCUUGAGGCUGAUUUGCUAAACACUGUUUGCCACGAUGUGCAAGUGGAAACCGUUCUCUAGGAGAUAACGGGAGAAGUGCUGACGAGGGGUAUGAACCCAGCACCGGAUGCAAUACAAUACAAUACAAUACAAUAUUUAUUUGCCAUAUACGACAUUUACACAUGGAAAAAAAAAAAUGAAGAAAAUUGAUGACAGAAAAUAAAUGGCGAGAAAACCUGAAAGAAACCACGAGGCUUAUAACAAGUCAGGCUUUCUCACUUAAAAUAACUAAUCUUAUAUUAGAAUUACGAUAUGGACUUAUGGUAAUUAACUUUGACCGCGCACACGUACACACACACACACGCACACACAUAUUAACUAAGUUAGUUAAGAAUUACUGCCUUACAGAAGCUAAUACUUAGAGAGAAGAAAUUCCUUAAGCUUUCUUUUAAAAGAAGCGGAGGAGGGAGAACUAGUUAUGUCAGAAUUUAACGAAUUAUAAAAGUUUGGACCUUGAAAGUAAAUUGAAAACUUCCUGGUGUUCGUUCUGCACAGUGGCAAACGGAAGGACUGAGCAUUCCUAGUAUUAUAAUUGUGGAUUUGACUAUUCAGUAAAAAAAAGUUAUUGAAUUUGGAAGGGAGUGUAGAGUUCUUGAAUGAAAACAUAAAAGUACCUAAUUGAAACGAAUGGAUAUCAUGAAAUUUUAAGAGUUUAAGUUCCUUUAAAAUAGGGCCAGUAUGGGCAAUGUAUGUAGAAUUGCUUACUAUUCUUAACGCACGUUUCUGUAAGGUUACAAUUCUUUGAAGGUUUGACUUAUAGGUACCAGCCCAAGCUAAAUUGCAAUAAUACAAAUAUGGAAGGAUCAUAGAAUUGUAUAAAGUACGAAGGGAGUGAGUAGAGAGAAAAAAACCUACAUUUAUGAAUAAUACCUAUAGAUUUGGAUAAUUUAUUUGCUGUUAAGGAUAUAUGCGAUUUCCAGGUCAAAUUGUCAUCUAAUAAAACACCCAAAAACAUGGUCUCAGAAACACGAAGAAUAGGCUGCUCAUUUAUGAAAACUUGAAAUUCAAAGGAUUGCUUCUUUUGCCAAGGCUUGAAUACCAUAAAAUUAGUCUUGGCUAAAUUCAAGGAGAGCCGGUUUGCUGCAAACCAGGUUGACAAUUUGUUUAAUUCUCUAUUUAAUGUGUUAAUUAGGUAAACAGGGUCAUUAUGGGAGAUAAAUAAGUUGUAUCAUCAGCAAACAAGAUUGCAUCAAGCAGGGAAGCAUUGUUCAAAUCAUUAACAUACAGGAUAAAAAAUAAGGGACCAAGAAUAGAACCUUGAGGCACCCCACAGGGAAUCCCCUGUGGGGCAGAUCUAACGUUAUUAAAUUCGACAAAUUGUGUCGAUGCCCGAUUGGAUGUGCACGCUCGUGGGUUCUGGGAUAGGCAAGGCUCUGCCUCUUUUGACGUAAGGGUUUUUCCACCCAAACGCAGAGUCUUACAAAGAUCUCACCAUUCAGCAGAUUUAUCGCAAACAUGAAGAUGAGAAGAAGAGGUUAUACGCGAACAGGGUUUUGAACGUUGAACGAGGGACUUUUACACCUUUAGUCUUCACUACUACCAGAGGCAUGGCGGACGAAUGCAAGCGUUUCCACAGUAGAUUAGCGGAACUCAUGUCUAUUAAGAAAGGAGAGGAGUACAGCACAACGAUCUCAUGGAUACGUUCAAAAGUGUCCUUCGCCCUUCUAAGGUCCGCCUUACUUUGCCUAAGAGGUUCACGCACCACUAGGUAUGUUCCUCUGAACAUUGAACAUUGUGACUUUGAGAUCGAAAAAGAACAAGCAGGAUUUAGAGAAUAG